GGUAAUAAAGACCUUAAAUUAUUACACAUAAAAGACCAUUAUUGUAGUUGUAUAGCCAAUGGUGUAAUGCCCUUUUUUAGCUAUAUAAGAGUGCAUUAAGCUUGUGAGCUCUGCACACAUUCUAAAGCUUAGGGCCACUAGAAUACUCCAAGGUACUUAUCAUAUAGAAAAAACAUAUCAUGGACCUUACUCAGGUUUGGAGGAGUGUCAGGCCAUACUUGGCUAUGAUCUUCUUGCAGUUUGGCUAUGCUGGCAUGUUCAUAGUCUCAGUUGCUUCACUCAAGCGUGGAAUGAGCCACUACGUGCUGGUCGUCUAUCGAAAUGCUGUUGCAGCUGCUAUCAUUGGUCCAUUUGCUUUGUGGUUUGAAAGGAAAGGCAGGCCCAAGUUGACAGUUCGCAUAUUCCUCAAAAUUAUGGCUCUUGCACUACUUGAGCCAGUUCUUGACCAAAACUUCUACUACUUGGGAACCAAGUACACAUCAGCAAGCUUCUCUUCCGCUCUUUAUAAUGUACUGCCAGCCAUGACAUUUAUAAAUGCCAUUAUUUUGAGAAUGGAGAAGAUAGACAUCAAGAAGCGACAGAGUCAAGCGAAGAUUGUUGGUACACUGGUUACCGUCCUUGGUGCACUGGUCAUGAUAUUAUACAAAGGUCCUAUUGUUGAGUUCAUAUGGAAUAAGGGACGGAACCACCACACUGAAUCUGCUAGUCAGGAUGAAACCCAUUGGCUCAUUGGCACAUUCAUGCUUUUGUUCAGCUGCUUCUGUUGGUCAUUAUUCUUCAUUCUACAAUCGAACACCUUGAAAUCUUACCCUGCAGAGCUCUCCCUGAGCACCCUAAUUUGCAUUAUGGGCACAUUACUAGCUAGUUCAGUUGCGGUCAUCCUGGAUCCUGGCGUCAAACCCUGGAUAAUAGGAUUUGACACAAGGCUUGUUGCAGCCGUUUACUCCGGUAUAAUGUGCACAGGAAUAGCAUAUUAUUUGCAAGCAGUGGUGAUGAAGGAGAGAGGACCUGUCUUUGUGACUGCCUUUAACCCUCUUUGUAUGAUCAUAGUGAGUGUGAUGGGCUCCAUUAUUCUUGCAGAGGAAAUAACUUUAGGAAGGUUGAUUGGUGCAAUUGUUAUAGUGAUUGGUCUUUACUCUCUAAUAUGGGGAAAGUGCAAGGAUUACGCAAAUCAAACCUCUAAAAUUGACGAGAAACAAGCACUGGAACUACCUAAGACCAUAAAUGAUGACAUGAUAUCCAACUCCAUUGAUUAUGUCACCAUCGAAAACAUCUCAUCAGGGAAGAAACCUUGAGUAAUUAACUUGUAUUAGCCUUAGCAUAAGCUUUCUCUUGUAUUAUGUAUCAACCAUCAUCCACUACGACUACAGAAGUGUUUACUUCCAAGCAAAUUAGUAGGAUAGCACUGGAUGAGGAUACUUGUCCCCAGUUGUUGCUACCAAUAAUUAAGGUUAAUCUUCGUGCAUGAUCAAAUACCAUAUCAUUUGUUGUGACUGUUCAUGCCUUUUUCAACUUUCUUUUCUGCUGUCAAAGGGUUAUCCAACACAAU